AUGGCGCCCUUCGACUCAGACCAACACGCUGCCCUCAACCCCAAUCCGAAUCCGACUAACCUAGGCGCGGGCUGCGAGGAGUGGGUCUUUUGGACGAACGACUGGUACCGUCGAUUUGGUAUAUAUGUCGGCUGGGCGCUCUUGUUCGGUGUCAUCAGCUCCGGUGUUACGAUGUUGACGAAAUCAACUAUGGCCAUCACGGCUCCAGGCCACGGGGACAGCGGAGAGAAGAGCGGCCAUGAAGGAGGUGGAGGAAAAAGCAUCUACUUGGCCGCCGGCAGUGGAAUCCCGGAGAUCAAGACUAUUCUUUCCGGCUUCGUGAUACCGCACAUCCUCGACCUGAAAGUCCUGAUCAUCAAAGCCGUAGGCGCCGUCUUCGCAGUAGCCACAGGCAUGUGUCUCGGCAAAGAAGGCCCCUUCGUGCACAUCUCAACCUGCGUCGCCUACCUAGUCGGUAAACGCAUCCCCAAAUACCGCGAGAACAGCCGGAAGAUGCGCGAACUCCUCAGCGCUGGCUGCGCAUCCGGGCUCUCAGUCGCCUUCGGCGCCCCCAUUGGCGGUGUCCUGUUCAGCUACGAGGAAAUCAGUACCUACUUUCCCCGCCCAGUCCUCUGGCGAGCAUUCCUCUGCUCCCUCUGUGCAGCCAUGAUCCUCCGCGUUCUCAACCCCACCGGGACAGGCAAACUCGUGCUCUUCGAGACAAACUACGGGACUUCAUACUCGCCAGGGCACUACCUUAUCUUCGUCCUGCUCGGCAUAGCCGGCGGGCUCUGGGGCGGCAUAUUCUGCAAAUGCAACUUCCUCUGGUCCCGCACCUUCCGACAACUUCCCCUCAUAAAAUCCCACCCCGUCUUCGAAGUCUUCCUCGUCACCCUCGCCACGGGACUACUCCAAUUCCCCAAUCCCAUGACCCGCGAGCCCGGCGACAAAAUCAUCAAAAACCUCCUCCAAGACUGCCACUCCUCCCCCUCCACCUCAGAAUCCUGGCUCUGCACCCACGAAUCCCUCCCCCACACUAACCCAGACUACACCAAAUACAUCGCCUUCCUCAUCUACGGGACCCUCGCCAAACUCUUCCUCACCACUAUCACCUUCGGCUGCAAAGUCCCCUCUGGCAUCAUAAUCCCAGCUUUGGACGCCGGCGCUUUCUUCGGCCGCCUCAUCGGCCAAUUCUUCCUCGGCUCCGGCAUCUCCCCCGGCAUCUUCGCCAUGGUCGGCGCGGCCGCGUUUCUCGCCGGCGUCUCCCGCAUGACUAUCUCCCUCUGCGUCAUCAUGUUCGAACUCACGGGCGAACUCGAAUAUAUCGUCCCGCACAUGAUCGCCAUCCUGGUCGCGAAAUGGGUCGCUGACGCGCUGGAGCCCGAGGGCGUGUAUGACCUCGCGCAGACGGUGCUUGGGCAUCCGUUUUUGGAUCUCGAUCAUGCGAUGGGUUUGGUGAAGCAAGCGGGGGUUUUGGUCGAGGAGCUCAUCCCGCCAGAGGGGACUAUGAGGGAUAUCACUGUGCAUGUGCCAAGGAAUAAUAAAGUGCGCAGGGGGAUCUUGGAGGAUAAGUUGCGGAAAUUGAAGGAGAGGGGGUUGAUGGAUGCGGGGCUCGUGUUGGUGCAGGAGGGCAUGUUGCAGGGCUAUCUUGCGGAAACGGAGCUGGAGUUCGGGCUGGAGAAGUUGGGGGAGUUUUGGGGCAGCGAUGUUGAAGUGAGAGUGUUGGGGAGCGGAGUGGGUGAGAGUGGCGUGGGUGAUGGACGGCGGAUAGGAGAGGUAGACGAUGAGAUUGAUGGUGCAGGGCUGCCGCUGGAUGACGCGGACGGAUUCGAUCUAUCUAGCUUCGUGGAUCGGACACCCUUGACUGUCUGUGCGAAGGCGCCGAUGGAGUAUUGCGUGGAGAUGUUUGGGAAGCUGGGGCUGAGGCAUCUGUGCGUCGUUGAGGAGGGGACGGGGAAGUUGGUUGGUGUGAGUGCCCCUUCUUCCAUUCAUUUUUGA